UAUAAAUACAGAGGGAAGACGAGUCCUAGGAAACGAACGAAUUGCAGAGAAAAAUUUAGAGGAGAAAGAUAAUGAAUGAACCGUGAGUAAACAAUUUUCAUGGCUAAGCCAGAUAACGUUUCCGAGAAACAAACAUGGGGAACAUGGGAAGAGCUUCUGCUGGCUUGCGCCGUUCAUCGGUACGGCGCCGACAGCUGGGACUCUGUAGCCAUGGAAGUUCAGAAGCGGAGCUCAACGCUCUCUUCUCUAACCCCUCUAUCGUGUAAACAGAAAUACAUCGACCUAAGGAGCCGCUUCGCCAGAAACGACAACGCUCCGAUCGGCGACGAUGAUAAAGCCACCACUGAGAUUGGAAACGUUCCUUGGCUCGAGGAGUUGAGACAGCUCCGUGUCGCUGAACUCAGACGCGAAGUUGAACGUUAUGAUCUUUCCAUCGUGUCUUUGCAAUUGAAGGUCAAGAGUCUGGAAGAGGAGAGGGAACGUAGCUUGAGGGAGAAGGAGAAGGGAACAGAGAGAUCCGAUCUGGAAAAGGCCGUUGAGUUAUCAAAUGAAGAAAAGAAAGAAAUAGAUUGUCCACCGGAGACCGUCGCCGGCGAAGUCGUUUCCGGUGCCGAAUCAGACCCGGAGAACCGGUCCAUGAAUGCAUCCAACUCGACAGAUCCGAAAGGCAAGAAGCGCGGAACCGGUCAGGAAGAGGCCGAAAAAGGACGGGAACCGGUCGAUCCCGUAAAAGAACCGAGCCGGACGGCUGGAAACGGCGGGAUACUCGGGGAGGAUUCCUACAACGGUAGCUGUAACAGUAUGGCGAAAGAAUCGGCGGAAAACUUGGAAAUAGUUGAUCCGGAGAGAGAAGCUGGUGAGUCAAAUGAGUUCUUUGACUCGGUGGCCGAGUCGCUCAGUGGUGGGGAAGGGGGAGGAGGAGAGGGUAGUGACGUGCAGAGCUCGGCUAGCUUAGCGAGGAAGGAGAAGAAAGGCAAGGAACCGGUCGAACCGGACAGCGAGGAUCAAUCUCCCGCCAUCAAGCGGGUAUCUGUUGAAUCUAAGCCGUUGGUUGAUUUCCUCGAGAUCCUCCGGUCGCACAAGUUUGGCUCCAUCUUCGAGCGCCGGCUCGAAAGCCAGGAAACACCCAAGUACAAAGAUUUAAUUCGCCAACACUUAGACCUCGAAACAAUUCGAAUCCACGUCGAACAAGAUUCAUAUUCAGGCUGCAACAUCAAGUUCUUCCGCGAUUUGCUGCUUCUCUUCAGCAAUGCUAUUCUGUUCUAUGACAAGAGAUGCUCAGAAUUUAAAGCUGCUGUGGAGCUUAGAAAGCUUGUUUUAAAAGAAAUCCCUCUCAAGAUUCCCAAAUCGACUUCAUCCUCAAAAGAACAAAUCUCCCCAGAAGCAAAACCUCUAAACCCAGAUACAGAACCAUCACAUCCCCUAGUUCUGAAGCCAAGAAUCUCAGUCCCCAUUAUCGCUUGUCGAAAACGAAGCUCAAUCACCGCCAAGGCAUCAACAUCAUCUUCAGGACCGGACAAGAAAAGAUCUCAAACAGUCCCAUUGUUGGAUGAGAAGCUUGUCCUCGACUGGAAAACUGAAGAGCCUCGUGUGACAAGGAAAAGAACGAGAGAAAGAUCUUCUGCCAACACCAAACAACCCAACAACAACGUCAAGAACAGCGUGAAAACAAAGAAGCAGGCAGAUAUAAACACCAACAUUGUAUCUUCAAGCAAAGGAGGGUCUUCCAACGAAAGCUCAGAGUCUAAAAAGGCGGAAAAAGACAAGAAGAACAAUGUAACUUCCAACACAAAGAAGCAAAGUGCUGCAAAUUUCUUGAACAGAAUGAAACAGAGCGGUUCACCCCAUAACGCCUCAUUAUUGAGUAGCUCUGCUGCAAGUUCUGAUAAAGGUAAAGUAGGAGGUGAGCAGAAGAAAAACAACAACGGCAAUGGCAAUAGUAAAGGGGAUUCGAGAAAAAAUCAAACACCGCGCAAUUCAUCGAUCGGGAAGAGCGUGAAGGAGAACGGAAGCUCGACAAAGAAAAGCAUUGGAAGGCCGCCGAAGAGAGCAGCCGCGGCAGCCUCAACUCCUGCUGCAAUGGCGGGUAAGCGAGGUAGGGAAGGUGGUGAAACAGAGGCAGGUUCUUCGGGACAUUUAAAGAAACGGUCUAGGAGGUAAUUGCCUGAUGAUUAUAUGAUUAUUUUGUAUUGAAAAAAUAUGUGGCCUGUAGUUUUGUAAUACUACCUCGGUUUAGAUUGGGUUAGAUUUUGCUUCUAAUUUCAGGUCUCCUUCUCUUUCAUUCUCUCCUGUGGAGCUGAGAAUUGACUUGUGCCCAUCACAACACAAGUGAAAAUAGAUAGAUAUUUCCUUUUGU